AUGCCACCUAAAAGGAGGAAACUUUUGGGACGGCGCACGGCAGCUGCCUCCGGGGCUAGAGCAGCGAGGGCGAGUGAAACCCCUGAACAGACUUCUUUGCGUCUUUCACGGAUCGCCUCGAGCUCAGCUGCUCGCUUAUCUACGAAAAGCGCCGCUGCGCGGACUGAAUGGUUGGCUUCAACGGUUUCAACCAUGUCCGCACGCCGCGCCAGGCUUUUAGCUGAAGAACGUUCACUUCAGAAUUCACAGGACGCAGUCCGUGUGGAUAGAUUGAGGGCUUCACAGUCCCUAGCACAGAAAAACCAAAGUCGUUUGCGGGAUGCCACCGCCAAAGCUUGCUCCAGGGAUUUAGAAAGCCCCGAACAAACAACUUCACGUCGUCUUAGGAAUACUAGGGCUACAGCCGCCUCUAGAGCUUCGGAAACAACCCCAAGAAACUGCACAUCAGUUUUAGAAAGCCCUCCACAGACCACUGUCCGUAGCGUUAGAAAUGCCCGCUCCACUGCAUCUGCUAGAGCCCUAGAUAGCCCUGCACAAACCACUGUUCGUCGCGUUAAAAAUGCCCGCUCUACUGCGUCUGCCAGGGCUGCAGAAAACUCUGAAGUACGCCGUCAACGGCUCGAAAACAUUAGCCAAUUUCGAGCUUCUUUGAAUGGCGUAAAUUCGCCGUCUGCGUCAUUUUGGUCAAAUGCCGCAUACAAUUAUAACUGCACUGUCAACUAUUCCCCUUGGAGAGACGUACAAACAGGGGCGAUGGAUAAAGUUUGCACUUUUUGCAAUGCAAAAAAGUGGGCCGCUGAGCAAUCUGGGCUUUGUUGCUCUGGGGGCAAAAUCAAACUCCCUUCUUUAGACGAACCUCCCCGGCCGCUUAGGGACCUCCUUCUGGAUACAACUUCGGAGUCAACGCAUUUUCUUGAAGCAAUACGUAAAUACAACUGUUGCUUCCAGAUGACGUCUUUUGGUGCGAAGGCUAUUAACAUGCUUCACGAAACUAACAGUUACACCCGAAGCUUAAAGUUUGCGUUGCAAAACAACUCUUCGCCCUCUUUCACCGUUGUCAUCGAUGCAGACAGACGGCCUCAAGGUGAGCGUGAGCGUGAGCGUCGCUUCAAUGCUCCUGCAUGUAAUGAAGUCGCCGCAGUCAUCCACGGUGAGGAGCAUAACAGCCGUGACAUUAUCAUAAGGUACCGGGGCGGUGGUCUGCGCUGCAUCAGUGAAACCCACCGUUCAUACGACUGUCUCCAAGACCCCCUUCUUUUUCCAUACGGAAGCGAUGGGUGCCGUCAACUAUUUCUUCAAUUCGCUGUUGACAUGGCUGCAAAAAUGGAGUCGGAGAAGUUAGGAUUCAUCAAGUUAAACCAAUCCAAACUUAGAACCGACUCCUACAUUCACCUUCGUGAUGGUCUGCGUUCUGAUGGUGACCCACGCAAUCUCGGCAAACCGUGCAUUUUGCCUUCCUUUUACAUUGGUGGCUCUCGAUACAGGCAUGAAAGGACACAAGACGCAAUGGCCUAUGUCCGUCAUUACGAGAGGCCUAAUUUGUUCGUCACGUUCACGUGCAAUCCGAAAUGGGUUGAAAUCACACGAACUUUUUCCAGGUCAGCAGUACUCACACCGCCCUGA